AUGAAGCCCAUCGAGCAAACACCGCGUGGUAUUGCUUUUUCAAAGUUUUUUAUUAUACCUCAACGUUCCAUUGUGGCGAUUAUGGGGUUUUUCGCUAUUGUGACGGGUUAUUCGCAGCGCCAAUGCCUCUCAAUGGCUAUAACUCAGAUGAAAUUUUAUAGGAGAAACUUGUUUUUGCAGCAAGGUGGGGAAUAUGACUGGACCGAAGAAGAACAAGGUAGAACACUUAGUUUCUUCUUUUUCGGUUAUCUUCUCGCACAUAUUCCCGGAGGAAUGAUGGGCGAUCGGUUUGGUUUUAAGUGGGUUUUAAAUGGUGGAUUAAUGUGGUCAGUGACAACGACAUUUCUCGUCCCAGUCACUGUAUACUAUACGGAGCACAUAGGUUUAACCAUAUUGCGUGUUACCCAGGGAUUAGGACAAGGUGUAAUAUUCCCUAGUCUUAGCGUGAUGGUUUCACAUUGGGUGCCGAAACACGAGCGUGGUAGAUUGGGUGCUGUCAUAUUGGGCGGCGGCCAAAUAGGAAAUGUGCUGCUAUUUGCAUUUGCAGGCCUUUUGCUUGACUCAUUCGACUGGCAGUGGGUAUUUUACACAUUUGCUAUUGUUGGGGCAACGUGGUGUCUAAUAUUUGUAUGUGUUUACUGUAAACUAGCUCUCAUUUGCUACAGUGACCCUGUCACGCAUCCGUUCAUCAAACCAGCAGAACGUGAAUAUUUAGUUGAACAAAUAGGUGCACAUAUUGAGCGCACAGAUUUGCCGCCCGUACCUUGGGUUGCGAUAUUCACAAGUUCAAAAAUAUAUUCAUUGAUUUCUGCCCAAAUUGGUCACGAUUGGGGCUUUUAUAUAAUGUCAACAUAUCUGCCCAAAUAUUAUAACGAUGUGCUGAACAUGGAUAUCAAAUCCAAUGGUUUCUAUGCUACUUUUCCCUUCAUUGCGAUGUGGAUCAGUUCGAUCUCUCAUGGUUUUGUUGCCGAUAUGUUAAUUAAAAAAAACUAUAUGAACAUUACGAAUGUUAGAAAACUGAUGACAACUCUCGCUGCGAUCUUUCCAGCCAUAUUUUUAGUUUUGGCCUCAUACGCAGACUGUGAUAAGCCUCUCGUUAUAAUUUUUUUCACCUUAACUCUAUUUACGAUGGGUGGCUAUUAUGCGGGUAUGAAGUUGACACCGGUAGAUUUAAGUCCAAACUAUGCCGGCACAAUUAUGGCCAUCUCCAAUGGUUCGGGUGCUAUCAUAGGGUGGCUUUCCCCCUAUCUAGUUGGCGUACUGACACCGAACGUAAGUUUUGAAGCUCGCAAUCAAUAGAAGCUCGCCUGAUAAUACAGAUUAUUAAAAUUUACUCAGACCACACUUGAAGAAUGGCGGCGUGUAUUUUGGUUAGCUUUUAUUGUUUUAAUUGCAACAGCUGUGCCUUAUUGCAUUUGGGAAUCUGGUGAGGUACAAGAAUGGAAUGAUCCAGAUGUCUAUAAUCAGAACAAACGGGCCAGAAACGAACUUAAGCGUCAGGAAAAAGAAGCUAAAAAAGAGGCUAAGCGCUUAGAAAAGGAGGCUAAGCGCCUACAAAAGUAAGGCUAAAGAAAGAAGAAGAAUUUUUUUUAAACGAGCCAAAAUGAAUAUGUCUCGUUCAAGCUUCAUCCUCUGUAUGUGCUACUAUUUCUAUUCUAUUUAUGUAUAUAUGUGUAAAUGCAUUUCUGGAUAUAUUUCUAUACAUUUUUUUUAAAAUUACAAAUAUACAACAAAAACAAAACGAAUAAGAACUGUUAACAAAUGCAGAUCGGAACCAUGCUUACCAUCGUUAUCAUCAUACUUAAGAUAAUCCCUGCUUUCCAUUAACAUUAAGCUUUCUAUAGUUAAACCUUACCGCGCCUGUGACAGUUUGCCGCGAUAUAUGUAACGCCCGCAAGGAGUUAAGAUAUUUCCACCUCAUCUCAUACCGAUCGGCUCGAAAUCGUCGUAUGAAUCGCUGUAAUCCAGAAAAUUAUUCUGAAUCGAUCUAAUCCUGCCCGUCUCUCAAAAUAUUGUAUUAUUCAGCAUGCCGAUCGCAAACUUUGCGAUGCUAUUCGGUACAUUGGCAUGUCUUGGCCUACGAACAUAUCAUCUUGGAAAUGGUUCAUCUCAGGUCAUAUUUUCGGCGCAAAAUCUUUUUUUGAAAGUU